UAGCGUGGUUGAGCCCCCAAUAAAAAAAAACAAUUGUAAUUUAGAAGAGAGAGAGAGAGAGAGAGAGAGAGAGGGAGAAGGCCGCUUGAUCGCCGGCGUGCUGUGUCACUCCGGCGGAGUCUUAUCUCACAUUUACUAAGAGGUUAAAAUUACGGUUACUGACUAAUUGUGGGAAGAAAUAACAAAUCGAGGAGCUGGGGAGAUUCGGGGGAUGAUGGAGUUCAACAAUCAUCAGGAGGAUUUAAUAUCUUCUUCAGAAAGAUCAGAUCCUCUCUACAUUUCUCAACUGAAAAUUUCAGCCUCUCCCAAGUCUCCACGAUCACCAGCACAUGGUAAUGAUGUAGGGGGUUCGUCACCGCAUGAUGGGCAGUCCAAUUCUCCCGAAGACGGAUGGACCUCAAAAGGAGGAGUAGAGGACAAAGAAACUUUGGGAGGGUUACUUGAGGAAGAAGAGAGCGACUCAAAUGACCUGAAUUUUUAUAACAUUGAGGGAAACAUAUAUUCAAAAUCAACAAGGUUGAAAGCAGAGUUCACCGAGUAUAAGAAAAAGGCAACAAUAAUAGUUGAGGAGUACUUUAGCACUAAUGAUAUUGCAUCAGUUGUUAAUGAGCUAAAGGAGCUUGGAAUGGUUGAGUACGAUUAUUAUUUUGUCAAGAGACUUGUCUCCAUGGCUAUGGAUAGGCAUGACAAAGAGAAAGAAAUGGCUGCUGUUUUGCUAUCUACGCUUUAUUCAGAUGUCAUUGAUCCCCCAGAAGUUUAUAGAGGAUUCAGCAAACUGGUGGAAUCUGCUGAUGAUUUGUCAGUUGAUAUACCAGACAUAGUUGAUGUUCUAGCUGUUUUCAUAGCUCGAGCCGUGGUUGACGAUAUUCUUCCUCCUGCAUUUCUAAAGAAACAAAUGGCUUUGUUGCCUGAUAAGUCGAAAGGAUUGGAGGUACUGAAAAAGGCUGAGAAAAGCUAUUUAGCAGCUCCACUUCAUGCAGAGAUUGUCGAGAGGAGAUGGGGAGGUAGCGAUAAUUGGACAGCUGAGGAUGUGAAAGCACGGAUUAGUGAAUUGCUGAAAGAGUAUGUGAUAAGUGGAGAAAAAAGGGAAGCUUUUAGGUGCAUCAAGGGAUUGAAGGUUCCAUUCUUUCAUCAUGAGAUUGUGAAACGGGCACUGAUAAUGGCGAUGGAAAGGCGGAAAGCUGAAGCCCGACUACUGGGUCUGUUGAAAGAAGCGGCUGAGGUCGGUCUCAUAAACUCCAGUCAAGUGACAAAAGGGUUUAACAGAAUCAUUGAUUCAAUUGAUGAUUUGACUCUUGACAUACCAAAUGCUCGCCAAAUAUUGCAGUCUGUCAUCUCCAGAGCGGCUUCAGAAGGGUGGUUAUGCGCAUCUUCUCUGAAAUCUCUGUCACCCAAUCCAAGGUACAAAAUACUCGAAGAUUCCAAUGCCAAGAUCUUCAAGGCUAAGGCUCAGUCGAUUAUCAGGGAGUAUUUCUUCUCCGGGGACAUAUCAGAGGUUGAACAUUGCCUGAAAACCGAGUUGACGGAAUCACCCAACCAGCUGCACACAAUCUUUGUGAAGAGUCUGAUAACUCUAGCAAUGGAUAGGAAAAAGAGGGAGAAAGAGAUGGCAUGUGUUCUGUUAUCAUCUCUAUCUUUCCCAGCAAAAGAUAUGAGAAACGCAUUCUCAAUGCUGAUAGAAGCUGCAGAUGACACUGCGCUAGACAACCCUGUGGUAGUGGAAGACCUUGCAAUGUUCUUGGCUAGAGCUGUGGUGGAUGAGGUGCUAGCCCCGCAGGAUGUGGAGGAACUGUCUCACCAGAUCCCGGAGACGGGUGAAAAAGUAAUUAAAACGGCAAAUUCAUGGCUGAAAGCACGUCUUUCGGGGGAAAGGAUAUCACGCUGCUGGGGAUGGGGGGGAGGAACUGAGACGAGUUCACCGGGAUGUACAGCAAAUGAAGUCAAAGAUAAGAUACUCAUUCUGCUGGAGGAGUAUGAGGCGGGAGGAGAGGUAGCAGAGGCCUGCCGGUGCAUGAAGGAGCUGGGAAUGCCAUUUUUCCACCACGAAGUUGUGAAGAAAGCGGUGGUGAGGAUGAUAGAGCAGAAAGAGAACGAGAGGCUCUGGAGGCUGUUAGAAGAGUGUUUCAAGUCAGGGCUUGUGACAAUAUAUCAGAUGACCAAAGGCUUCAAAAGGGUGGCUGAGUCUCUCGAUGACCUUUCUCUUGACGUUCCUGAUGCUUCCCUUAAGUUCUCUUGUUGCGUUGAGAGAGCUAAGCUGGCUGGCUUCUUGGACGGUGACGUCGACUCUUCUUUUGCCACUUGACCCACCCAUUCCUCCCUAGGCUUCAUCACAUUGAUCACCCUUUUAAAACGUUUCAAAUUUUUGCUUACCAUGAUUUUUCCUUCGUUUUUUUUCUUCUUAAACUCAGUCCUAGCAACACGUUUGUUAGGAGGACGCAUACAUUUUGUUUCCCUUCUGCAGCAAGUUCUUGUAACUUAGGAAAGGCAUACAUAUUGGAAGAAGGCUUCAAGGGGAUUUCAGUCCAGUAUCUGAACCGUGAGACUGAACCUGUAGUUUUGGCCAACAACUUUGAAUUGUUAUGAUUUUUUAAAAAUAGCAAGUUUGCUUUUAUAAUCGAAA